AUGGCUCUCUACUGCGGCGACAACUUCGGCGUGUACUCGCAGCCCGGCCUGCCCGCCGCCGCCGCCGCCGCCGCCGCCGGCGCACCGCCCGCCUCCAGGGCGCCUUACGGGCUGGCCGACUACGGCGCGCCGCCGGCCGCGGCCGCCAACCCCUACCUGUGGCUCAACGGCGGCGUGGGCGCCCUCGGCCGCCGCUGCUGCGCCGCAGCGUACCUGGGGCCCCGCCGCCGCGCGCCCCCCGGGGCCGCGCCGGCCUUCCUGCAGCCGUCGGCCGCCGCCGGCACCUUCGGCUGCGCGCAGCCCUUCGCGCAGCCCGCGCCCGCCACGCCCGCCUCGCCCGCCGGGCCCGCGGCGCCGGGCGAGCUGGGCUGGCUGUCCAUGGCCAGCCGCGAGGACCUGAUGAAGAUGGUGCGGCCGCCCUACUCAUACUCCGCGCUCAUCGCCAUGGCCAUCCAGAGCGCGCCCGAGCGCAAGCUCACGCUCAGCCACAUCUACCAGUUCGUGGCCGACAGCUUCCCCUUCUACCAGCGCAGCAAGGCCGGCUGGCAGAACUCCAUCCGCCACAACUUGUCGCUCAACGACUGCUUCAAGAAGGUGCCGCGCGACGAGGACGAUCCAGGGAAAGGUAAUUACUGGACUCUGGAUCCAAACUGUGAGAAAAUGUUUGACAAUGGGAACUUUCGUAGGAAGCGAAAGCGCCGCUCUGAGGCCAGCAGCAGUUCCACGCUGGCUUCCGGGACAUCAAAAUCAGAAGAAGGGCUGUCCUCAGGAUUGGGCUCUACAGUGGCAGGGAAGCCAGAAGGAGACAGCCCCUCCUCUCUGCUGAGGCCUCCUCAGUCCCCAGAGCCUCCCGAGGACACCAAGAGUACUGCUUCCUCUCCUGGAGGAUCCAUGCUCACCUCCACCCCUUGCCUCAACACAUUCUUCAGCAGUCUCAGCACCUUGAGUGUCAGCAGCAGCGGGACUGCCCAGCGACCUCUCCCUGGCAGCCGCCACCUAGGAAUCCAGGGGGCCCAGCUGCCCUCCAGCGGCACGUUCCCCCCCACCUCCAUCGCGGAGGCCUCGCCAGAUGCCUUGCAGCUGAGUAACAGCACGGGCAACAGCAGCGGCCAGAGAUCUUCCUAUUACAGCCCUUUCCCUGCCAGCACCAGCGGGGGCCAGAGCAGCCCCUUCGGCAGCCCCUUCUACAACUUCAGCAUGGUCAACAGCCUCAUCUACCCCCGGGAGGGCUCUGAGGUGUAG